GGGUCAGAAGUGGAGCAACUGUGAUAAGAACCUUCACCUGGGGCCAGUGCUGUGGCACAGUGGGUUAAAGCCCUGGCCUGGGGUGCAGGCAUCCCAUAUGAGCACUGGUUCUGGUCCCGGCUGCUCCUCUUCUGAUCCAGCUCUCUGUUAUGGCCUGGAAAGGCAGUGGAGGAUGGGCCAAAUCCUUGGGCCCCUGCACCCACGUGGGAGACCUGGAAGAAGCUUCUGGCUCCUGGCUUCGGAUUGGUGCAGCUCUGGCCAUUGUGGGCAUCUGAGGAGUGAACCAGCAGAUGGAAGACUCUCUCUGUCUCUACGUUUCUCUGUAACUCUGACUUUCAAAUAAAUGAAAUAAAUCUUAAAAAAAAGAAACAAAAAAUAAAAACAAAAAACAAUAAAAACAAAAACAAAAGAACCUGCAUCCAUAUGGGUUGUUGGCAUCUCAGGCCUUGGCUUGACCCACUUCCCCACAAUGCUGCAUAACCCCACCCUGCCCCGUCCCCACCCCUCACCUUGCAGCUUGACAGGUUUUGAGAACUUUGAAUUGUUUGGUGUCUUCCAGAUCAUGAGGUUUGUGUGAGAGAAGCUUUGUGCUGUGCAGAAUGAUGAAACUAAAGACAUGGGCAGGAAGUCCGGAGGGGAAGGCCCUCUGCAGAGUGUUACACACCUGGAGUUGCCCUAAGUCAUUUAUGCUCUUGUUCUCUUUAAAUCCUUGGUGGUGAACAUAGUACCCAGUAAGGGAGAAGGUACUUAGCAAAUGCUUAAUGAGUGAAUAGAGACAAGAAAGGAACAUAUUAUUAAAACAUCUAUUUAAAAUUAAAUUCAAGUGAUAGUUAACAUUUCUGUUAAGGAAUGUGAAGGGAUUUGUUCCGGAGUUCAUUUUGUCAGAUUUCCUAACAUCUUUAUAAAAUACUGAAAUGCAUUUUAAAAACCUUUCUUUUCAGUAUUUUGAAAUGUUGAGGUUAUUCUGCAUUUAGAUGAUGAGUUUUUAAAUUUCAAUUGAUCUUUAUAGUCUCCUUUGUUGUUCUUCACCUGACUGAGCAGGUAGUCUGGGUAUUGUUCCUGAAACUAACAAAGAUACUCAAACUCUUCAGAGGUGGGUAAGUAUUGUAGUUACCCUUCCCUCUAUUUCUCCACAGACUGGUUUCUUUGAGUUUCCCAGAGCCACAAGACAGGAAGCUUUUUCUUUCAUGUUUUCUUACUUAAUUUAGUGGAAAGAGUUAUUUUUUAAUAUCCUUGAAAAGGGUAAACCGUGUUUUCUAUUUUUCUCUCUUUCCCAUAAUAUCAACUUCCUUCACUUGAGCUUAGCCAAAAGGCUGAGAAGCAUCCUUCUAGGACUGAUAAUAUACAUCCUAGGUAGAGCUCUCUCAGAAGGCCAUGGUAUUUAUCCAUGGAUAUUAUGGGUAUCUUUCAGAUGUUUUUUAUUUGGGGAUAUAAAUGAGAACUAUGUCAGGGGAUCCCUCUGCAUGCCUGGCAUGUGGAGAUCCAUCAGGUUUUCUAAAUCAAGGCCACAUAUACUAUAAGACAUUAAACUAUAGAAGACUCUGAGGGUAUUUUGGUUAAUCUAUCAUAGAUGAGAGAAGUGAGGCAUAGAGAACUUCAGAGGGUUCUUAACAAUGAUACAACUAGUUAAUGACGGAAUUCAUGUUCCUUUUCAGUCUAGAGAUUUUUCCUUUAUACCUUACUUCUCAGUUUUUGAGGGUUGAUCACUGUUUAUUUUUAAAAAUCAAAAAUAGCACCAGCACAGUCCUGAGCUUUAUGCCCUUAAGUUUCAUUACAUCAACAUAUGAUGUUCAGCUGCUUGGUGUCCUGUAGAACCGCUUAUAACCCCCUGCUUGUGGUAACUGAAGUAGUGGAGAAUGGGGGAGAUUGUGUCAGGGCACUUUGCAGAUCCUCGAUGAAUGUGUGUUUUUUCCUUACCAGAUGCAUUUCACUGGUCACAGCCAGCAGGUGAAUCCAGCAAAUCAUUCACAGGUCACAGCAUUUGUCCUCCUGGGGCUCUCUCAGGUAUGGGAGCUGCGGUGCUUCUUCUUCAUUGUCUUCUGUGCUGUAUAUCUUGUGACUGUAACUGGAAAUCUUCUUAUUGUGGCCAUCGUGACCUCUGACCCACGUCUGCACACAACCAUGUAUUUUCUCUUAGGUAAUCUUUCUUUCCUGGACUUUUGCUACUCUUCCACCAUGGUGCCCAGGAUGCUGGUUGACUUGCUCUCGGGCAGCCCCAGCAUUUCCUUUGAUGCCUGCCUGACUCAGCUCUUUUUCUUCCACUUCAUUGGUGGCAUCAAGAUCUUCCUGCUGACCGUCAUGGCAUAUGACCGCUAUGUUGCCAUUUCCCUACCACUGCGCUACACAUUCAUUAUGAAUCAGACAGUCUGUGGGCUCCUCAUGGCAGCCUCCUGGGUGGGAGGCUUCAUCCACUCCAUUGUACAGGUUGUAUUGACUAUCCAGCUGCCAUUCUGUGGGCCCGACAAGCUGGACAACUUUUAUUGUGAUGUGCCUCAGUUAAUCAAAUUGGCCUGCACAGAUACUUUCAUCUUAGAGCUUCUAAUGGUGUCUAACAAUGGCUUGGUGACCCUGAUGUGUUUCCUGGUGUUGCUGGGAUCCUACACAGCACUGCUGGUCAUGCUCCGAAGCCACUCACGGGAGGAUCGUAGCAAGGCGCUGUCAACCUGCGCCUCUCACAUUGCCGUGGUCACCUUAAUCUUUGUGCCCUGCAUAUACAUCUAUGCAAGGCCUUUUCGGACAUUCUCCAUGGACAAAGCAAUCUCUGUGCUGUAUACAAUGGUUACCCCCAUGCUGAAUCCUGCCAUCUACACCCUGAGAAACAAGGAAGUGAUCAUGGCCAUGAAGAAGCUGUGGAGGAGGCAGAAGGACUUUCUCGGUCCCCUAGAGCAUUGACCCCAAGCUGGAAUGUGGGACGAGUGUCCAGAACUGCUCCCAAGUGCCUGCUGGAGAAAAAGUUUUGAGUGCGGCAUAAAAGUAGUCUUUGGCUCACAGAGCACCUUCCCAGGUGAGUAUUCUGUUGGCCAAGCUGAGAAAGUUCCAACUGCAGAAUGCAUAAAGGUGGUAAACUUAGGGUUUCUUUUCUGAUAUCACUUCUUGGACACAAAAUACAUUUGAAGAGCUCAACACAUUUUUUAAAUUUCCCAGAAAGAGGAGGGAUCCAAAUGUUACAAUAAGUGUAGGAUGCUGAUUGAAUGUUUGUCAGUGAAGAAAAACAAAAUUACGUUGUGCUAAUAACUUAUUUUUGUCAGUUUCUUAAUGAUUACCACUGUUGCUAUCGUUAGUGUCAGCACCACCUUCAUUGCCAUGAUUAUAUAAGUAGCAUUUGGUAAGAGUUUACUAUGUUCCAGGCAUUGUACCAAUUAUUUUAUAUUUACUAUUUAUUUUAAUUGUAUCAUUAUUUUUAUAAGGCAUAUAUCACCCUCAUUUUGGAAUGAGUCAUUUGUAAGUUUCAUACAUUAAAUUACCUACUAAUGCAACCCAGGUGUAUACAAGUUUGGAACUCAAGUUACAGAUGAUAUAAAAACUUGCUCUUGCUUCUAGGGUUUAACGUGUCUUUGUGAGUUUAUGUCAGUUUAGAGUGACGUCAUGGAUAGGGUUGGCAUGCUCAGUUGGGCCAGACCGAGUGCUGAGUCAGGAAGUCUGCUUACUGGAGUAAGAGGGAUGGAGUAGAAGAUUCAUGGAGAACUGAACAAAGAAUGAGGAAUUAGGAAAGGUGGGAUAGAGAGUCCAGGGGGAGUGUUCUUGAGGGAACGGAUGCUUGGAAGAUUUGUAUGUGGGAUUUUUUUUUAAACUACAUACUUGCUUAGAAACUCUAAAGAUUUCAUUAUUAUUAUUAUUUUAGAGAUAGAAUUAGACAGUGAGAGAGAGAGACAAAAAGGUCUUCCUUCCGUUGGUUCACCCCCCAAAUGGCUGCUGUGGCUGGAGCUACGCCGAUCCGAAGCCAGGAGCCAGGUGCCUCUUCCCUUGUCUUCCAUGCUGAUGUAGGCACCCAAGCACUUGGGCCAUCCUCCACUGCCCUCCCGUGCCACAGCAGAGAGAUGAACUGGAAGAGGAGCGGCCAGGACUAGAACCUGGUGCCCAUAUGGGAUGCUGGUGCCACAGGCGGAGGAUUAAUCUAGUGAGCCACGGUGCUGGCUCCCAGAAAACUCUAUUUUUUAAAUUCAGCUAUCUUUUAUUCUGUUCAGAGCGAGUUUACCGCUUUGAAGGCCGCAACUGCCAGGGCUGGGCCAGGCCGAGGUUAGGAGCUAGGAACUUUAUUUGUGUUUCCUCGUGGGUGGCAGGGACUCAAAUACUUGGGCCAUCCUCUACUGCAUUCCCAGGCACAUCAACAGAGAGAUGAAGCAGCCCUCCUAUAUGGAAUGCCAACAGAGCAGUAUGUUUUGGUUUAUACAUCAAAAACAGCUUAUAUAUGAAUCAAUAAAUAUGAAGUUUAAUACCUAGUGAUACUUUAUAUAUAUGCAUAUGUGUGUGUGACUGCGUGUUGAACACGUAAAACAAAAUAUAGCUGUGUGUGAACUAAAAAAUAAAUAUGAAGUUUAAUAUAUAAUGAUACUAGAGUUUGUGUUGUGGCAUAGUGGGUAAAGCCAUCCUAUAUGGACACUGGUUUGAGACCUGGCUGCUCCACUUCCAGUCCAGCUCCCUGCUAAUGCAGCUAGGAAAGCAUCAGAAAACUGCCCAAGUCCUUGGGCCCCUGCACCCAUGUAGGAGACCUGGAAGAAGCUCCUGGCUCCUGGCUUCCAGUUGGCCCAGCUCCAGCCAUUGUGGCCAUUUGGGGAGUGAACCAGCAGAUGGAAGACCACUCUUUGUGUCUAUCCCUCUCUUACUCUCUCUGUAAGUCUACCUUUCAAAUAAAUAAAUAAUCCUCUAAAAAAAUCUGAUGAUACUAUACAUAUAUGCAUUUAUGUAUAUAGAUAUAGAUACAUACAGUAUUGAACAUGUAGAAACCAAAAACAUAACUGUGUGGGGUACAGAAAAAACAAGAAUACCUAAUCCAAUCUCAAUCAUUGAGAAGAAUUUUAAUGUGCCUUUCUUGGAAAUUUAUAAGCUAAGCAGACAAAAGAGAUACAUGCAUACCUGUAAUUACAAAAUUGUUUUUAUCACUCAUUAUAUGUUUUGUUUUUACCUCUGUGGGAGUAAUAAAUUAAUUUUUAGAAAUUAAUAAAUAUUGAAUAUUUUAAAAUGGAGACCAACUGUAGAUAGUUUAUAGAGAAUUAGAAAUGAUAAAUAUAACAAUCCAGGAAUUCCCACAAUUGAAAGAUCUGACUUCUAAUAUUUUAAGUGUGCUAGCUUGUUAACAAAAUAUAAUUGUUCCUCACACAUUUUUUCUGUGAAAAUAUCCCCUUAAUCAAGAUGAAUUUUGCAAUAAAUCUAAUUUUUUGCAUAAUCUUGGUUUAAGACUCUUUUUUUAAUGAUUUAUUUAUUUGAAAGUCAGAGUUACAGAGAGAAAGAAAGAGAGGCAGAAGAGAAGUCUUCCAUCUGCUGGUUCACUCCCCAAUUUGCUGUAAUGGCUGGAGCUGCGCCAAUCCGAAGUCAGGAGCCAGGAGCCAGGGGCUUCCUCCAGGUCUUCCCACGUAGGUGCAGGUGCCCAAGGACUUGGGUCAUCUUCUACUGCUUUCCCAGGCAAUAGCAGAGAGCUGGAUUGGAAGUGGAGCAUUUGGGACUCGAACCAGUGCCCAUAGGGAUGCUGUCACUGCAGGCAGUAGCUUUACCCACUGUGCCACAGUGCCGGCCCCUGGUUUAAGAAGUCUUACAAGGAUUUCCCCAGGUGUUGUGAAUGUGGAGUUCAAUACAAAUAUACAAUUUAAAAAUAAGAUUUAGGUUUCUCAUGAAGUGACCAGAUAGUAUGAAUUGUUUAAAUUUUUCAUAACAGUCUACUGAUCAAGUAGGCUGACAUUACAUGAAAAUAUUAUUGAAGAUUAUGAAAAAUAUAAAAUUGUGUUAAGCUAAUUUGAAAUUAAUUUUGAAAAACCUUUUAUAAUGGUAGUGACUAUGUUCAGAGGUAUGUCUGCUUAAACAUAACUUAUAUAGUGUUAUUUGACUUUAGGACCCCAGAAUAAUACUGAAUUAGAUUAAUUUAUGGAUUAUUUCUAUGUAAGAUACAAUACUAAAAUUUUGGUGAGCCGUUUUUGCUUAUUGUUUUCAUAUUAUGAGAUUCCAUUUCUUUUAAUUGUAUUGCUGGACACGUUCAUUUGGCACUUUAAGAAGGUACAAAAAUGGUACAUGGUUAUUUUGGUAAUGGUAUUAUGGUAACAGUAUGUGGUCAUUUUAAAGUGUGCCAAUUCCUUACCUCUCAGUUUUGUUUGUGAGAGGGAAGUUAGAUAUUUGGUUAGAUAUGAAUGUUAAAGCUCUCCUGAGAGCAGUGAUUUCAGAAAGACUAAAGGUGAGUGCAAAGAAUUGGGAUGUGUUUUUUCACUGGAAAAAGGGAAUAGUUUUUUCUUAAAGCCAAGAGUAUGAUUAUCCAGAAAAAUUUUUUUUAAUCAAGAUAUAAGUGGAUGUGCUAUUUGUGUAACUGAGACCCUACCUGGGAUAUCAUAUUUGGAAACUACUCUUACUAAAUCAGACAUCAGAAGCCCACCAUGAAGAGACAGUGUUGUAUAUCUUGUAUGGAAUGGAUGUAUUGAAAGCCUUCCUAGGAAACUGGACUGACUAUGCUCCAUGGCUUACAGUCUCUGCCUCACAGGUGGUAAGGAAUAUCACCUCCUUGAGGCCAAGCACUUUGACAGAUAUUGAGGAACUCGGGGAUGGAGGAAUUCAUUCACAUCUGUGGGUGCACAGAAAAAUCUAGAGGAAAGAAACUUUUGUGCUUGGUUUCCUAGACUCAGAUUAGAAGAGAAAAUUUAGCAGCAUUCCAAAAUAUUCUACAGAUAGAUCAGUAGAAAUACUAUGGGGAGGGUGAAAAUGGUUAUAAUCCUUUUGGGGACACAUUUGGCAACUCCUAGGAAAGUUCCUAUGGUCUGAUCUUCAGGCUCAGUAAUUCCACUUAUAUGAGUUUACCAUGAAGACAACCUCCAACAUGGGAAAAUACGUAUGUACAAAUACAUUCACUGAAGUGCUAUUUCUUUUUUUUUUUUUUUUUGACAGAGUGGACAGUGAGAGAGAGAAAGGUCUUCCUUUUUGCCCUUGGUUCACCCUCCAAUGGCCUCCGCAGCCAGCGCGCUGCAGCCGGCGCAUCGCGCUGAUCCGAUGGCAGGAGCCAGGUACUUAUCCUGGUCUCCCAUGGGGUGCAGGGCCGAAGGACUUGGGCCAUCCUCCACUGCACUCCCUGGCCACAGCAGAGAGCUGGCCUGGAAGAGGGGCAACCGGGACAGAAUCCGGCGCCCCGACCGGGACUAGAACCCGGUGUGCUGGCGCCGCAAGGUGGAGGAUUAGCCUAGUGAGCUGUGGCGCCGGCCCUGAAGUGCUAUUUCUAACUGCACGAUUUAAAACAAUAUAAAUAAGGCAGUCCCCUCAAGACAAAUAUCAUAUGUUUUCCCUGAUUUGUGGUAAGUAACACACAGAAGACAGAAAAUGUAAUAUAUAUGAAUGAAAUUGACGAUUUGAGACUUGGUUAUUAUUUAUAGCCCUCAUCUAUAUUCUUGAGGAACAGUGGUUUUUCUACUAACUACUUAUUGGAUUCUUUAUUUAUUGGAGGGUUAAGCCUGUGAUUAUAAAGUAAAUUGAAAGCAUGGCAUUGUAAAAAUUAAAAGAAAAAUAAGAAAGAAAAGUAGAGGAAAAGUGGG